AUGCUGCGAUGUCCUGAUGUCAGGAAGAAGACCCCAUGGACAAGAGCUCUUGCGGCUCAAAUCUCAGUGGCGUCACGAUUGGUACAAAGGCAAGGCCUCAAAAUAUCUUGGAUAAUUCCGGUUUUCAUUGCGGUAUCAUCGCCCUGUCUAGCUUCUUCAUCACCAGGCUCUUCAUCAGGAGUGAAGCCAUGUGAAACAAGCGCCAGUAACAGCUUGGAUCGCGGACUCUCCACUGGCAUAGGCCAUUACAUGACGCCACGCACUCCGGCGAGCAUAGAUUCAGCAACUAUGAUAAAUCAGGUUCAAGAAGCAGAAGCAACCAUUGCUUCAUUCUCUACAUCGGGCACAAUAAUAUCAGACUCUAUAUCCACCUAUGUAGAUGAGCUAUGGAUCAGUGUAAUAAGCCAUGCUGUAGCGAUUGGAACAUUGGUACCAACUGCCGAGGCUUCAUCGACCGAUACAUCCAACGGAGAGGUGAUAGAGAGCAUGGUGCCUACUAAUAGCGGUAAAAGCUCAUACGCAACCACAUCGACUGCUAGAGUAGAGGUUCGAGGAUCUAGUAGUUUGGGAACGGGCGGGGUGGACACCCUUACAACUCAUAGGAUGAGGGUGAAUUCAAUAAUGGAAGAACUUUUCACACGAACAGAAAAGCCAGAGGCUUUUUCGACAACCAAGUCCACUGAAUCCAGAGUGAUUAUUACUUCAACUGUCACCAGUGAGCAGAAAGAAACAGUUACAAGAGCUUUGUCUGGUCAGACGUCUCCGACAAGCUUGAUAUGCGGAAACCCGACUGACUUGCCAGGCCGCAGCGAUGCUGAUCCUCAAUUUUGGAUUGUGUGGGCGAGCCACAAGCCAAGCGGAAACCACUUGGGGAAGACGGGCCGAAAUGUGAGGAUAUCCUCUACGAAGACUGCUGGCAGGCGUGCCGUAAUAAUGAGGGGAUGGGGGGACAAGUUCAAGCUGGCUGCCUUGUCUACAAGGUACGGACAGGUGUUGGAAAAAGCCAGGGAUAUUCACAAGACGGAAGUCGGCUUUAAUCAAACGAACAAGAUUGAUAGUUGGGCACUUUGA